AUGGCAAAGAAAGUCUUUCAACAGAGAUUGACUCAAAUUGAGGAAUAUGAGAAAAGCGGCAAGAACCCAUGGCCACACAAAUUCCAGGUGACAAUCACCAUCCCAGAGUUUGUCAAGAAGUACGCAUCACUCGAGAAGACUCAGAACAGUGAGGAUGUCGUUGCUGUUGCUGGUCGUGUUAUGACAAAACGAUCUUCCUCAGCUGCUUUAAUGUUCAUCGACUUGUUCGAUUCCCAAACAAAGCUCCAAGUCAUGUUGAAUAUGUCAAUGUACACCAGCAAAGAGGAGUUUACUUCAUUCACCAAGAUGGUUUAUAGAGGUGACUACAUUGGUGUUGUUGGACACCCCACACGUACCAAAACCGGCGAACUUUCUAUUGUCCCAACGAAUGCAACUAUUCUCUCACCAUGUAUGCACAUGUUGCCAUCAAAACACUACGGACUUGGUGAUGAAGAAACCCGAUUCAGAAAGAGAUACUUGGACAUGAUUGUGAACCCAGACUCCGUCAAGAAUUUCUACAUCAGAUCCAAAGUCGUCAAGGGUGUUAGAAGAUACUUGGACAACCUCGGAUUCUUGGAAGUCGAAACCCCAAUUUUGAAUACCAUCCCAGGUGGAGCUACUGCUAAGCCAUUUAUUACACACCACAACCAAUUGGAUAUCCAAAUGUACAUGAGAAUUGCUCCAGAAUUGUACUUGAAAGAGUUGGUUGUCGGUGGCAUCAACAGAGUCUAUGAAAUCGGAAGACUCUUCAGAAACGAGGGUAUUGAUCAGACCCACAAUCCAGAGUUCACCACCUGUGAGUUUUAUAUGGCAUACGCCGACUAUAACGACUUGAUGACUAUGACUGAAGAACUCCUUGGAGGAAUGGUCAAGGAUAUCACUGGUGGCUCAACUAAGCUUGAGAUUAAAGACAGAAACAUGGACAUUACUUCAGAAAAGGACAUCGAAAUGUUAGAAAAAGUUCUUGGCGAAAAGAUCCCAAGACCAUUCGACUCAAAGGAAUGCUCUAAGGUCAUUGAAAAGCACUGCUUGGACCAAGGACUCUACUAUGACGGAAACAACGAGAAAGUCAUGAAGAAGUUGUUCAGCGAGAUGGUCACAGAGAAGAAGAUGGUCAUUGAUUUCACUGGUCCAUUCAAGAGACUCUCUUAUGUGGACGCUCUUGAAGAGAAAUUUGGCGAGAAGAUCCCACGCCCCCUCACAUCGAAAGAGGCUCUUGACUUCCUUAAGAAGAUGUCGAUCAAGUACAACGCCAUCUGCCCAGAACCACAAACUGCUUCUCGUGUUAUGGACAAACUCUUUGGUGACUUAAUUGAAGAACAAUUGGUCCAACCAACCUUUGUUAUUGACCAACCACAGAUGAUGAGUCCAUUGGCUAAAUAUCACCGAUCUAAAGCUGAAAUGACCGAAAGAUUCGAGCUCUUCAUCUUGAAGAGAGAAAUUGCCAAUGCUUACACUGAGUUAAACAACCCAAUUGUCCAGAGAAACAAUUUCGAGCAGCAGGCCAAGGACAAAGCCGCUGGAGAUGAUGAAGCACAACUUGUUGAUGAAGUAUUCUUGGACGCUAUUGAGCACGGCCUUCCUCCAACUGGUGGAUGGGGUCUUGGAAUUGACAGACUUUCCAUGUUGCUUGCCGAUGUUGACAAUAUCAAGGAAGUCAUUUUGUUCCCAACAAUGAGACCAGAAAACGACGCCGAGAAGAAGGAGAGAGAAAAGAAGGAGGACGCUGAGAUCGAACAAGAGCUUAAUGCGUCACAGGGAGCUGGUAAGAAAGGAGAGAAGAGGGAAAAGGUCAAGAAACCACAACCAAAGCCAGAAGUCCUCGACGGAUUUAGACUUGAUAUCCGUGUUGGCGAAAUCGUCGAAGCUGGCCCACACCCAUCAUCAGAGCACUUGUUGUGCCUUAAAGUGAAUGUCGGAGAAGAGAAUGUCAGAAGUGUUGUUGCUGGUCUUGCUGAGCACUACAAACCAGAGGAACUCCAAGGGAAAAAGGCAUCAUUUGUUUGCAAUUUGAAGCCAUCAAAGUUGAGAGGUGUCCCAUCAGAAGGAAUGAUUUUGGCUGCUACGUCUCUUGACGGAAAGAUGGUCAAAUUCUGCCAUCCAAAAGAAGACGCCAAGGUUGGAACUGCUGUUGUGCCAAAAGGAGAAAAGGUCACUAUUGGUGCUAAGCCAAUUUCGAUCGACUUGGUUGCAGAGUCAAAAUUGUCAUUGAAGGGUGGCGUUGUCUUGACCAAAGAAACGCCAUUUGUUGUCAAGGAUUCUGACAAUGUCAUCACAGUUGAUGAGAUUGUUGAUGGAACAGUCAGAUAA